AUGGACAACAGUCGUCGACUUCUCAUAUUGUACGGCAGUCAAACUGGAUGUGCCCAGGAGGUUGCUGAAAGGAUUUGGAGGGAAUCAAAAUGGUUGCAUUAUAGUGGACCUGUUCUUGCAAUUGAUGACUAUCCCAUUGACAAACUAAUUUUUGAAAAGAAAAUUAUUUUUGUUUGUUCAACUACUGGACAAGGUGACCAACCAGAUAAUAUGAAAGCUACUUGGAAAUUUCUAUUAAGAAAAAAUUUACCUUCUAGUUCCUUAACUAAUGUUGAGUUUGCUGUUUUAGGUUUGGGAGAUAGCUCAUAUGUAAAAUUCAAUCAUGUUGCCAAAAAACUGUACAGAAGGCUUAUACAAUUAGGAGGAAAACCAUUAUGUGAUAUUGGGUUAGCUGAUGACCAACAUGAUAUCGGAGCAUUUGCUGUUAUUGAUCCAUGGAUAGAUAAUUUGUGGAAUGUAUUAAUUGAAAAACAUCCACUUACAGAUGGAUUAACACCUAUAGACCGAAAUUCAUUACCGCCACCAAAGUGGAAUGUACAUACAUCAAGUUCAAAUAUUUCCAUCCAUACAAGUGACAAGUUGCCUAAUAAUGACCUAUUAAAACCAAAUUCAACAAUAGUCACUUGUUUAUCAAACACAAAAACCACAGCUGAAAAUCAUUUCCAAGAUGUACGAUUAUUAAAGUUUAAAUAUUCAGAAAACAGUAUUAACUAUUCACCCGGCGAUGUUUUAAUGGUUCGUCCAGUUAACUCUGAAAUAUCCGUGAACAAUUUCUUUCAAUUGCUGAAUGAUAAUAAGAACAUGAAACUAAAUCCUACCACAAUACUGAAUGUGACACAAUGCAGCAAUGAUAUGCCUAUACCAUAUAAUUUGUGUAAACCAUUUACUUUAUAUCAAUGUGCUAAAUACUACUGGGAUUUAAAUAUUAUACCAAAUAGGUAUACAUUUCAAUUGUUGUCAUACUUCACGGAUAAUGAAUUGGAAAAAGAAAAACUGAAGGAAUUCACUACCCCUGAAGGACAAGAUGAACUAUAUAGCUAUUGCAAUCGUCCAAGAAGAACUAUUCUAGAAGUAUUGGCCGAUUUUCCUCAUGCAACAGCUAAAUUAUCUUUAGAAUACCUUUUUGAAAUUUUUUCUCCGAUACGUCCGAGAGCCUUUUCAAUUGCUUCAGCACCUUCUGUACACAUAAAUGAAAUACAUUUACUUGUUGCUGUUGUUACAUACAAGACAAAAUUAGUGGCUAAACGAACUGGCUUAUGUUCUACAUGGCUUGCUAGCUUAAACAUUGGUGAUAAAAUUCCAGUUUGGAUUCAGAAAGGAUCUUUUCAGUUUCCAUAUAGUCAAUCGUGUAAUGUUAUAAUGAUUGGACCUGGUACUGGUGUAGCACCGUUUCGAAGUUUUGUGCAUGAAGCUGUUGCUAAUAAAUGUGGUAACGCACAAACAUUACAUUUAUAUUUUGGUGCUAGAAAUAGAUUGGGUGAUUUUCAUUGUGUUAAUGAUUGGGAAAAACUAGUAGCAGACGAAAAACUAUCAUUGUAUACUGCAUUUUCAAGAGAUCAAGAUCAUAAAAUUUAUGUACAACACAUUUUAGAACAAAACGAAGAAGAAUUAUUUAAAUUACUUUCUACUAAAGAAUGUUAUGUAUUUGUUGCUGGAAAUGCAAAAGACAUGCCAACUGCAGUUAAAAAUGUAUUUAUAAAUAUACUUACAAAAAAUAAACAUUUAAAUAACAUAGAUAUGAUGGAAACUAAAGGAUUUUAUCAAACCGAAACCUGGAGCUAA